UGGAUGGAUGGAUGGAUGGAUUCUUUCUAUCAUCUUUCAUAAGUUUCUGUAAAUUAUAAAUAUUUUCUGUUCAACAUAAAACCAAUCAGUGAAGUCAGAAAUAGUUUAAACUUUAUUGAUCCGUUCCAGCUGUAAACCAGACGAUGGAUCAAUAAGUUCUUUAUUCUUUCCUCCAAUCAGGCUGAAUCCAGAAGUACUGACUCACCAGGCUGACCCUAACAGCACUAUGACUUCCUGUCGUGGUGUCACUGUGGCACAUUAAAGAGCAUCUCCAAGGCCUUCUGUUUGAUCUCAACACCUAAGUACUACAGCAGGUUUCACGCUUGACCUGCAGCUUUCCUCAGAUGAGCAAACGUUGGGCUAUUUGCAGAGGUGUGUGGAUGUGUCUAAUGGGUUGAGAUUAACGAGAUGACCGUGGUAAAAAUAAGAUCCGUCCUCCUCUUCCAGUAUAUAAGAGCUGGACAGAGGAGACGGAGGACUCAUACGCCAACAUCAAGCGAAGGAACUAGCAGCAAGUUUGGAGCAGAGAAUAAAGUUCCAAACAUGAAGAGCAUCCAGUCUGUGGCCGUCCUCCUCCUGGUCCUGGGCUUGGUCCAGAUCAGCCGGCAGGUUCCUCUGCUCCACCCCGAGGACCGCUCCAGAGCUGCAGACAAACGCCACGCCGACGGGACCUUCACCAGCGACGUGAGCUCGUACCUCACAGACCAGGCAAUCAAAGACUUUGUAGCCAAGCUCAAGUCUGGACAAGUGCAAAGAGAAUCGCUAACAGCCUGGUGGAGCGCCACGCUCAGCAAAAGGCACGUCGACGGGAGCUUCACCAGCGACGUGAACAAGGUGCUGGACUCCAUGGCCGCCAAGGAAUACCUACUCUGGGUCAUGACCUCCAAGCCRUCAGGGGAAAGUUCGAAAAGGAAAGCCCAAUGAGAGCUCCCUCUCUGAGCUGCACUCCAAGCCAUAUCCAGGAGGCCAUCCUGCUUUGAAUGUUUUUUUUUUUACUUCGUCUUGAAUGUAAUGUAAAAAGGUACGAAUGUGCUCCUCUUCCACAGACAAACGGUGCACAAGAGAAGAGAUAAAGUUAUUUUAUACGUCAGGUGAUGCGAGGAAAACAAACGGUUCCGUCUCAGGUCGUCCACGGGAACGUCACGGCGUAGGAAGACUUUCAGAAUAAAACUUUGA